AUGCCAAAGACUGCAAACCCGGGGAGGAGACAUGCCACCUUGCUCAAGAAGGCCAAUGAGUUAUCUAUUCUAUGUGAUGCAGAGGUCGCCAUCAUCGCUUUUUCACCUGAUGGAGAACUCCAUGAAUACUCGAGCACAAGCAUGGAACACACUCUUGAAAGAUACAAGAACAGGACUGGCCUCGUCCUCCCAAGCAGAGUCGAGUCUCCGGCGCCAGAAGAGCACCGCCAUGAACCUGCAAAGCAGGAACUGCAGGAAAGACAUAAAGCGCUACGCUUGGAGAAAUUGCAGAGAAUGGGAAAGGAGUUGGAUGGCCUGAGUUCGGACGCGCUGGCUACGCUUUUGGAACAACAAACUAAAGGGUUAUUAGCUGUUCACAGCAAGAAAGUGGAACUGCUUGAGGAGAAGUUGCAGAGAUCUAGGACGAGAGAAGAGCAGGCUAUGCAUGAGAAUGGGCUGCUUGAGGAGAAGUUGCUGAGAUCUAGGUCAAGAGAAGAGCAGACUAUGCACGAGAAUAAGAGUCUGCGCAGAAGGAUCGGGGGGUUCAUGAUGAGGCAAAACUACAAGCGACAUAUCCUUUCAUGCCAUCCAGCCAAUUAUUUCGAUAGAAAUUUUGGAAAUAGAAUGGGUUUCUGCACAAGCUCAAGAGCUGCUGUUUCUGUUUCCAACUAUCCAUCGGAGGGAACCGAUGACCAUUUAGACAUGACCACCUUGCGGUUGUGGCCGUCAUAG